CCUCUUAAUCCUUUUUGAGGUUUUCAUCAUCAUUAUAUCACUUUGACACAUUUACCCCUCAGAAACCACCAAUUUCAUAUUCCCGUACGUACAAUACAACAAUCGCCACCACCACUCCAUAGCGGCAGCUCGGCCUUCCGCCAUUGCCGGACCAGGUUAUUAAAGAACUACAAUAAAUCUUUCUAGGUUUUUGUUACCAGCAUGGCCUUGCGGUGUUCCAGGAAGUUGUUACCCACGGUGGUUUCGGGUUAUAAGCCCCAUUGCAAUAAUAAUCUGGACGUUGCGCGUCGAUCCUUCCACAUUCUUUCUAAUGGCUUGCAUGAUCAUGAAAAUGCCGAUACACAGUCUUCUAUGGAAUGUUCAAUCCUUAGAAAGGUAGGAUUUUCUUUGAUGGGCACUAGAGGGCUCUGUACUUCCAUGCUAAGUCCAGAAUCAAGUGAAGGCUCAUUCCCCUCUGAUCUACUAUCCAGAAAACAAAUUAUAACUCCUGAACGUGCUAUAGGGCAAUUACAGGAUCUGGUGAUCCCAGUGACAAAUUUUCAUAAUGAAGACAAAGGAAUGAUGGUGUUGGCAGGCGACGUUUUUGAUGUACCCAUUAGGAAGGAUAUUAUUCACCGUGUUGUAAGAUGGCAGCUUGCUAAACGACAACAGGGAACCCAUUCGACAAAAACAAUCAGUGAGGUGAGUGGUACAGGGAGAAAGCCAUGGCGCCAAAAGGGUACAGGGCGAGCAAGACAUGGAACACUGCGUGGACCCCAGUUUAGGCAUGGUGCUGUUAUGCAUGGUCCAAAGCCACGUAGCCAUGCUUUUAAGCUCAACAAAAAGGUCAGGCGGUUAGGGCUUAAAAUUGCACUAUCUGCUCGUGCAGCCGAAGGGAAGCUUUUGGUGUUUGAUGAUUUAGAGCUCCUGACUCACAAAACAAAGAAUAUCGUGAGCUAUGUGAAGCAAAUGGAAGAAACCAAAAAGCUUCUGCUGGUGGAUGGAGGUCCAAUUGAUGAAAAGUUAAAGCUAGCUACUCAAAACUUACAUUAUGUCAAUGUUCUUCCCUCCAUUGGCUUGAAUGUGUAUAGCAUCCUUCUACAUGACACAUUGGUAAUGUCUCGUGAUGCUGUUAACAAGAUCGUAGAGCGUAUGCACACUCCCAUCAAUCGUUGAAUUGGUGCCCAGCUAUCACUAUUCGGAGUUCUUGUUUUGACUCAGUCUGCUAUAAGAGCUUUUGACUUCUUCAAGGGUAUGAUUGCUUGUUACUUCACUUGAUCUUUGUAGGGCUUUUUGUUAUAAUAGAUUACUUGGUAUUUAGAGAACAUGAUGUUUUGACUUUCUAAAUGUUUGAAUAAUCUGAGAAGGGUUAUCUUCUAAUUGCAUUUCUAGAAGACACUUCUCUUGCAUUUUGCCCUAAGUAUUUCUUGUAUUACAACUGGAGUAAUUUCCAGGAUUCUUGUAGUUUGCUUUGCUUUUGCAACAUUCUAAUCUUUUUGUACGGCAA